CCCGGCCAGGGGAGCGGCGCGCGGCCAGUCAGCCACGGGGCGGCGCGCCCUCAGCCCGGGCGCGGGACUAGCUCCGCUCGGCCGGGAGGCGUCCCACGGGGCGGCUGCGGAGCCGGGCUCGGCGGGAGAGAGGCGCAGAUGUCUGGCCGCGAGAGGCGUCCGUCCCUGCAGUUUCCUGAUGAGCUGCUAGGGGGCAAUAUAGUGUGGAUGAAAAAGCUGCUGUGGAGGAGAGGCUCAAUCAUGAGUCUUGAGAGGAGCCAGUCCAGACUUGACUCUAUUCACUUGCCUGUCUCCGGAACUCCUCUCAUCCUCCAAGUCUGCCUGCCCAAUGUGCCACUCCUCCUCCCACUGCUUGGUCCCACCCUGCUCCUGAGGCCAAGAAGUUGCUGAGGACAGGGAGGCACUGGCAUAGUGUCAGCAUCGUAUCUGAGCAGAGAAGCAGGAGGGAAGUGGCUGAUAGCUCAGAAGCUUGUAAUAAACAGGUAUUUGUGCCAUCACACUGGCUCUUGAAUCUUUGGCAGUUGCUUUAAAAACAGAUCCGGAAAUUAAAGGAAUCCACUGGGUGAAUCAUGUUAAGGCCUUGGACUCGGUGAUGAUUACAUUCUUCAGGUGUUCUUGAAAAAAGUGCGUGUGCUUUGGCGGUGGAAAAGGACAUGAGGAAUAAAAGGACCUGGGAGCCCACUGAUCAGAAUGAAACAGAUGUUGAAAGAUUUUUCAAAUCUAUUGUUAGUUGUGCUCUGUGAUUAUGUUCUUGGUGAAAUGGAAUAUCUCCUCUUGGAGCAACCACGUCAUGUAGCCUUAAGUAACGAGACAGUGUCUGUUGAUUUUCAGUACUCUGUCAAUGGUAAUGUGACAGCAAAGAAUGUAUCCGUCUUACUGCUGGAUGCCAGCACCAACCAGACCAUUGCAAAAAAACAGCUUCCACCAAGCCAGUCACGGGGAAUGGUAGGGUUUGAAUGUUUCUAUUUCAAGAGUGCUGGGGACUAUUGGUUCAGCAUGAUCUCUGAGAUUGAUAAUGGCACUGAAAUUCACUGGACGGGUGGGAGCACCCUCCUAAGUGUGGAAUGGCCUGUAUUUCACAUUGACUUGAACAGGACCUCUGAGGUGCUCAGGAGUUUCCUUCAGGUUGGACUUUUCACUAACAAACAACUGUGUGCUAUGAAGGAGAGAGUGGUUUCAUUGGACGUGAUAUUCACCAACAGCCUUUAUGAACUAGGAAGAUUAAGCUCUGAUGAGGCAUUGGGAAUGCGAACUACCAAAGGAAUCUUUCUCUCUGGAUCCCAGUGGGUGGAGUUUGACUGCCCACCUAUUGAUCAAGAAGUGUAUGUCACUGUGUUACUGAAAUCAUUAGAGACCAACUCAGUCAUCGCUUCAACAGGGCCCGUAGACCUCAUCCACAAAUUUGGAUACAAACUAGUGGUGGCACCAGAAGUGAUGUGCAAGUCGUCCAUUCUGGUGUUUAUUGUCUCCCCUCCAUGCAUGGCCAUCAAUGGGAAGGUUGCUGUGUACAAGGAAGCUCUCAGACGUCCUGGUGAAAGAAUGAUGUGGCUAGAUGAAAAUGUCCUACGCCCAGGGAGCAACAGAACAGAAUUUAACUGCACUUUGUUUGACAUGGGGAAAAAUAAAUAUUGCUUUGAAUUUUUUGACAUUUCAAGCCAAAGCCAAUCACCCCCAAGAGUUAAGGAAUGUAUGGUGAUCCGAAGGAAUAUAGAAACAUGGAGCCUGUGGCAGCCCUGGAGUCCUUGCAGUGUGACCUGUGGGGAUGGUGUCCGUGAGCGACACAGAGAAUGUCUUACAUCGCUGCCAGCAAAACCAGGCUGUGUUGGGACACUGAAAGAGAUUUCGCUGUGCUCUCUAGAGGAAUGUUCUAUUAUAAAGCCUACAUCCCCUCCUUCUGUACAGCACCAAGAGGACCAGAAAGCUAAUAAUGUAGUCACCAUCACUGGCAUCUCCUUGUGCUUGUUCAUAAUCCUAGCCACUGUUCUCAUCACCCUGUGGAGGAAGCUCUGCAGAGCUCAGAAGUGCAGCACCUCUGUGCGCCGUAACUCUGUCCAUUCACCCAGCUUCCACAAGAACUCAGAUGAAGAAAACAUCUGUCAAGCCGGCAAGCAGCAGGAGAGCUUUUCCGAGGGCACCAAAGCGCCUUCAGCGCAUGCUGGAGAGCCUGUUAAUAUACCUUUGACCUGCAGGAGGAGCCUUCAGUUUGCUCAAGAAGAAGACACCUCUGUCAGUGACAGUUUUCAGUCAAAUGCUCAAAAAAUAAUUCCUCCAAUUUUCAGCUAUCGCCUUGCACAGCAACAGCUGAAAGAGAUGAAGAAGAAAGGCCUGACUGAAACCACAAAGGUGUAUCAUGUAUCUCAGACGCCUCUGACUGACACCAUUAUCGAUGCCACAGCUGUGCUUCCCCUGGGCACAGAAAACCAGGAAGAGGCUGCUGCACACAAAUUCAGGAUCAAAUCUCCAUUUCUGGAUCAGCCAGUCAGUCAUCUCAAAUUCCCUAGGGAAAAAUCUAAUUCUAGGGUGGACUCUGUACUGUCACAGGCCAAUCCUGUAACAAGCCCUAGUCAAACCCUCAUUAGACGAGCUCACCUGAAAUACCAAGAUAAGAAAGGGGAGCCAUUGGAGAGAGGCUGUCACAGAAACCCACAGUUCAGAAGAACAGCCAGUUUCCAUGAAACUAAAAAGGUCAGGCCCUAUAGGGAACGGAGCAUGUCCACUCUUACCUCACGGCAGAUUCCUCUUUAUAGCUCCAGGACCAGAACGUGGGGUCAAGCACUGGAAGACAAGUCCCGGCCGACAUCUAAAGAUGCUGAUCCAAGUUCUGAAAAGUUUGACCAGUCGCCUUGCACUCUGUUAACUUGUGAACCACUGAGCUAUGGCACAAAAUACCGCCACAAAGGGGGCCCUCCAGUGAGGAGGCCAGAUCUGAUCAGUGACCGUCAGCCUGCAGGCCAAGUAGCAGGAGCUGACAAACUAGAGCCAAACAGAAAUAGGAGGGGCCCUUCGCAAAACUAUCGAGGGACUUUGAGGAAAGAACCCAUCUCAACUCUGAAAGAUAAUUACCAGCGAGGCAGUGCUCUAAGCCCUCUCCAGUACAGAAAGGACAAAUGCCAGAGCUUCCCCACAGACCCUGAAUUUGCCUUUUACGAUAAUAAUUCUUUUGGCUUAACAGAAUCGGAGCAAUGGAUGAUUGAUCUGCCUGGAUAUUUUGGUUCCAAUGAAGAAGAUGAAACAAGUACUUUAAGUAUUGAGAAACUGGUGAUCUGAAUGACUCAUUGCAACACUGUAGGGCGGGGGUAUGAGAGAAGAGCUGCAAAACCUGUUGGUUUAUAAUAAAAGCAAUAAUGGAAACCAGGUUCCAGCUGUUUGGGGCAGGAGGGAAAUCCUAUGGCUUGACUUGUGAGCAUGCAUUCCUUUUUAAUUAAUAGAAAGGGCUCUGAUGUCAUUGUUUUGUUUAAUACACACCCACCCACCCCCCC